AUGAACAGUUUCCACAUUCCAGAUGAAGGUGCUGAGGGUGAUGAAGUUGUUGCUAUUGAUCCACACGAACUGUUGGACCCAGUCGAGAUCCUUUCUAAAUUACCCAAAGACUUCUAUGAGAAAUGUGAAGAACCUAAAUGGAAGGACCGGAAGGAGGCAUUGGAUGGUCUUCAACCUUUGGUCUCUAAUCCAAAGCUGGCAGUUGGUGAUUAUGGGGAGCUUGUCAAGCAACUUAAAAAGAUGGUACAGAAGGAUUCAAAUGUGGUGGUUGUUGCACAAGCAACUCAAUGUCUGACUGGACUUGCCAAUGGGUUGAAGAAAAAAUUUUAUCCUUAUGCAGCAUCUUGCAUCCCUGUCUUCUUAGAGAAAUUCAAGGAGAAGAAACAAAAUGUUGUCACUGCAUUGCGUGAGGCCAUUGAUGCUGUUUCUCAGACUACUUCUAUGGAGGCUCUUCAGGAGGAUGUCUUGGCAGCACUGGAAAACAAGAAUCCAGCAGUGAAGGCAGAAACAUCAGCUUUUCUUGCUCGAAGCUUUGCCAUCUGUUCCCCUGCAGUUUUGACUAAAAAGCUCCUUAAGGGGUAUUGUGCCAGUCUCUUGAAGGCUCUCAAUGAUUCAGAUGCAACUGUUCGAGAGAAUGCAGCCCAGGCAUUGGGAACUCUUUUAAAGGCUGGUGGAGAGAAGCUGGUCAUGCCUUUCCUCACAGAUGUGGAUAACAUCAAGAUGGGAAAAAUCAAAGAGUAUUGUGACAAGGCAGAGGUGAAGGCGCCUACCUCCAAGCCCAAGGCUAGAUCUCGUGGUGGAGAAGCUGAAGCAACUGAGCCUGCCCCAAAAAGUAAUACUAAUAAAGGUCCUGUCAUCAAGAAGCCAACACCCAAGGCAUCUCGGCCAUCAACUGUUCCUGCUAAGGCUCCAGCCAAGAAGGCACCUCCAGGAGCAAAACCUAUUUCAGGAGGGGCAAAAGCAGAAAGCAAGGAGUCUGUUGUCACUGAGAAGGAAAUGAGUCUAGAAGAGGCUGAGGAGAUGUGUGCAGAACUCCUUGGCCCACAGCUCAUCACAGAAAUGGUGGAUACCAAUUGGAAAGUGCGACUGUCAGCCCUUGAACAGUUUCUAAAUGUGAUAAACAGUUCAGAAGGAUCAAAGCUGCCUUGCCAGGCUUUGGUGAGAAUUUUGAGCAAGAAGCCUGGAUUGAAGGACAAUAAUUUGCAAGUUUUGAAGCUUCGCUUUGAUGCACUGAAGAUCAUGGCUGAAAAGUGCAAAUUCACCAAGGUGUCUGGAGAUUGUGUCCUAGUGGACCUUAUUGACAAGCUGGGUGAUCCCAAAACUGGAAGCUCAGCUUCCGCAGCCCUGAAUGCUGUGGCAGAAGCCAUUACAUUUGCCUAUGUUGGAAUGCAAGCUCUCACCUAUGCCUUUUCCCAAAAGAAUCCAAAAGUCCAGGCUGACACUCUGACCUGGCUAUCUGAAGCAAUCAAGGAAUUUGGCUUCUUGUUGCCUGCCAAGACAGUGAUAGACAGUGUGAAGCAGGCACUAGCUGCAACCAACAAGGGAGUAAGAGAUGCCAGUAUAACCCUCCUUGGCACAAUAUACCUUUACAUGGGGAAGAAAGUUCGGGUUUUCUUUGAAGAUGAGAAGCCAGUUUUGCUCCAGCUCAUUGAUGCUGAGUUUGAAAAAGUACUCAUUCUGCUUAUCUGGAUUGAAGUUUGGCAUAACAUGCUUUAUAUUUUGAACCUUGUACGCAGUGAAGCCUUAGACAAGGUAGCUUCCAUCAUCUCAUCAGCCAAGUUUGUGACUGCCAACUUGAAUGACCUUCCAUCUGCUCUGAAAGCACGUGUUGUUGACAGCAAUAGGAAUUUGGCUGCUCAGGCCCUGACCAUUUGCAAAAACUUGGCUGAGGCUUUGGGACCAUACUGCAAACAACACGUUCGAAGCCUCAUUCCCGGCGUCCUGCAGGCUUUGGGAGACAACAAGAGUAACAUUAGGAGUGCAGCUUUGGAGACCCUGAAUUCCUGGUUGGAGCACUCUCCAAUGGAGGCCUUUUGGGAAGGUGAAAUGAUGGCUGAUGCUCUCAAGACAGAGAAUCCCUAUGUGAGGGCUGAGCUGCUUAAGUGGAUAGCAGAAAAGAUCCCUGAUGUCAAAAAGCUGCCCAAAGAUGAAGUGUCUGCAUGCAUUCCCCAUUUAUAUACCUGUUUGGAAGAUCGUAAUCCAGAUGUGAGGAAGAAUGCUCAGGAUGCCAUCCUUCCUUUCAUGAUUCACUUUGGAUUUGAGCCUAUGAUGAGAGCCACAGGAAAGCUCAAGCCUACUUCCAAAGCAACAGUGUCAGCUUUAUUGGAGAAAGCCAGACCAAACUUACCUGUCCAAACACAAGCUCAGCCUGCUUCCAAGGGGAAAACUGGAGGAACUCGGCCUGUUUCAUCAACAUCCACUGGUGAAGAUUCAGGCAAGAAACCCCUCAGUGCUGGAGCAAAGACAACAAAAGCUAUCAAGGGUGGAAAGCCUGCAGUGCCCGCAAGUGCACGAACAACCCGAAAGAAGGAGGAAGAUGUGGAUACAUCACCUCUGUUGGCUGUUAGCACUCUAAAAAAUCAGAGAAUACUUGAUGAACAAAAGCUCAAGGUCCUGCGAUGGAAUUUUACAACUCCUCGAGAAGAAUUUGUGGACCUCCUUCGUGACCAGAUGAUUACUGCCAACUUCAAUCGCUCUCUUAUUGCUCAACUGCUGCAUAAUGACUUCAAAUUCCACAUCAAGGCUAUUGAGGCCCUGGAAGCUGAUCGUCAAAAUGUGGAAGCUGUGAUGGCCAAUCUGGACUUAAUCCUGAAGUGGAUGACACUGCGGUUUUUUGAGACCAACCCAUCUGUGAUCCUUAGAGGCCUGGAUUACCUUCAGGGUGUGUUCAGUUCCCUUGCUGACCACAAUUACCACAUGCUUGAUGCAGAGGCCAAUUGCUUCAUCCCAUACCUAAUACUUAAGGCAAGCCCUGCUCUGAUUCAGAAAAGUAUGGGAGAUCCAAAGGAUGCUGUCAGGUCUUCUGUUAGAGGAAUCAUGAAGACAAUCAGCCACAUUUAUCCAAGCACAAAGAUCUUCCCUCAUGUCAUGGAAGGAACCAAGUCUAAAAAUGCACGGCAAAGAGCUGAGUGCCUGGACCAUAUGGGCCACAUGAUCUCAACUUGCAGGCUGACAGUAUGUCAGCCUACCCCCCAAGCAGCUCUGAAGGAAAUUGCCAAGCAGAUUGCUGAUCGUGAUAACUCUGUGCGAAAUGCUGCUCUCAACUGCAUUGUCCAGGUUUACUACCAAGAAGGAGAAAGGGUGUAUAAGCUUGUGGGGAAUUUGUCUGACAAAGAGAUGAGUCUGUUGGAGGAACGUUUAAAGAGAGCUAGCAAGAAUGCACCUCCAGUUCAACCGAAGACUGAUGUUCCUCUGAGCAAUCCUGGAAAUGACCUGCCUGCUGUGCGAUCAGCAUCUCAAAGUCGUAUUUCUCCACAUGCUGCCCAAAAUGGUGUGACUGAAAAUCAUGCCACUGUGACCAGGAGAUCCUCAAGUGCUAAAAAGGGAGCUCGUCCCAUCUCAACCCGAUUUGCCCUGGACCUGUCAAGUGAUGAAGAUGCACCUGAGAAAAUUGAAAGACCCCAACUCAUGCAGGUAGAACUGGAGGAAGAGGAGGAUCACAUUUUCCUACCUAAGCGGAAGACACUCCCAACAAGUCCAUCAAAGCAGGCUCUGAGUGCUUCUGCAGAUGCAAUUCAAGCUGUGGAGUUGGUUGUGAGUCAGAUCCCUUCUCCUAACCUCACCACCAGUCUCAAGGCCAUUGCCCAGAUUAUUGAGGUCAUCAAGCAUGAACAGGAGCACCAAACACUCAAGCCUUUAGUUGGCCAAUUGGUGAUUUUGAUGAACCUGAAGAUGAAGUUGACAUAUGAGUCAUGCUCAUCGUCAGACUCAAACAAGGAAGAAAUCAUGAGGAUCUUUCGCAACCUCCUCCUCCUUUGUCUCACUGCUCAUCCAGUGGUUUCAUUGAAGAGUGAAACUGCUGUAAUGGGAGAUAUGCCUCUUCGCACCAUUCGUACUGUUCUCCAUUCCCUUGUCAAGUUGAAGAGUAAGGCUAGCCUUCAACUGAUUCAAGAAAAUCCUGAAUACAGUGAAUCAUACCUUGCUGCAGACACCAAGCGAUAUUAUGGUGCCAUUAUGAAGGAGAGAGAGAAGGAGGGUGAUAGAAUGAUGACUAAGAUCCCAAAAUCUGCCCAUGAGAAACUCACAGAGAUCUUCACCAAAAUCGGGAAUAAAGAGGAAACAAAAGAAGGACUAGUGAUGUUGUUUGAGUUCAAGCAGCAGUACCCUGAGACAGACCUCUCUCCUUUCCUCAACAAAUCUUCCCAGUUUUUCAAACGCUACGUGGAACAGCAUCUGGCGAAGAUAGAGGCUGAACGUGCCUCCACCACCACUGCCCCACUGCAUUCAUCAGUACCCCAAUCAUGUCCAGCAACUGAUGGGCAGGCAGAAGUGGGGAAGAUCGACCUGGAUCGAUACAUGAGGACGCUGCAGUCGUUCCGUGCCCGCAUGGGACUCGAGCCAGCCAACUCGAUGACCAACAGUGACCCCAGCCCUGAGGAUAAGAAGCAGAGAGAAAACUUCUCUAUGGACAUCUCCCCUUCAUCCACUGAAAAUCAUCCCCCUCAAUCUUCACCCAUCUCCUCAUCCCCGGGCUCCAAACCCGUCUUCUUCUGA